AUGGUGUCGAAAAAGAAAUUCGUCAAGGACGCAUCUGCGUUGAAUGACUUGGCUGCAUUGGUAUCCAAUCAAUCUGAUAAAGCGUCUUCGGAUAAAUUCUUGAAAGCUAAAAAGAAAGCACAAGAUACACAACAAAAGCAAGAACAUAAUAAAAAAGAAAAGUCUUCAGCCUCGCACAACUCGAGCCACAGUCGUGCAGUGCUUGACAAGACUCAGGAACUCGAACAGCGUGCCAAACUACGCAAGACUAAGAAGCGUCUCAAUAAAAUGAACAAGAAUAUAAAUAUAAGUAAUAAUAACAAAUCUAUCAAUCAGAACGAGGUACCCAAGAAGAAGAAGGCAGUUUCAUUUGCUUUCUGA